AUGGAUGGCCUGACCCCAGAGCUGGUGGGGGCAGCAGAAGGACCACGGGUGACCUGUCCCAGCCCGGCAAACCACAUCGCCAUAAACUCCGCUGCCGGGGCUGGGAAGCCGAUAACAGCGGGGGUGAAGUCCAACGCAGGGCAGGUCCCAGGGAGCAGAUUCCAGCCUGGGGCUCACGGCGUGGCCUCCCUGCCAGCCCCAUGCCUCUCCCAGCUCCAUUUUACCCUCGCCACAGCGGAGACUGAGAUGAUGGUGCUUGCCUUCCUCCUGCUGCUGGCCGGGACCAUCCUCCCCAGUGGGUCCACGGUCAUUAACAGCUGCGGCAGCGCGGCCAAGCUGCUCUGCAACUUCGUCUGCGACUGCAGCGACUGCUCUGACGAGAACCAGUGUGGGUACCUGUGGGGCUCGGCCACGCUGGGCACCCCCUUCACCUGCGAUUUUGAGGAAGGUGACUGCGGCUGGCAGGACGUGAGCACCUCGGCUUACAGAUGGGUGCGGGGCCGGGCCAGCCUGGCCAUGUGGGGCACGGGGCCCCACUCAGACCACACCGUGGGCACUGACCUGGGGUGGUUCAUGGUGACCGUGUCCCCGCCAGCAAAGACCACAGCCACAGCCACAGCCUGGCUCAGGUCACCGGUGAUGCAGGAAGCAGCUGCCACGUGCGAGAUCAGGGCCUGGUACCACCUCUCGGGAAGCGGGCUCAACCAGACAGAACAGCCGGUGCUGCGCCUGGCCAUGGCAUACAGGGACGAGGUGGUGGGGCUGUGGCAGAGCCCCGAGCGCGGCGGCGAGGGCUGGCAUCAGCUGGUCGCCUACACGGGCCGCGUCCCGGAGCAGUUCCAGCUCUUCUUCUCCCUGACACAACCACCUGCGCGUGGGGCAGAGCUGGCGCUCGAUGACAUUGUCUUUAGGAACUGCGGCUUGGAGGAGCCCUGGCAACAGGUCUGUGGGGCAGAGGAGAACCUCUGUGGCCAGGGCUCCUGCCUGGCACAGCACCGCUUCUGCGACGGCACCGACGACUGUGGGGAUGGCUCGGAUGAGGAUCCAACGCGGUGCAAGUCCUUCACCCUCUGCUCCUUCGAGCAAGGUCUCUGCAACUGGAAGGCAGAGAUUGGGCAACCAGCGUGGGGGAGGAACAUGAGCCUGAACCUGGGGACCAUGUACAGCAUCCCCACUCGGGACCACAGCAAUAACAGCAGGGCAGGUUUUUUCCUCCACGUGGGCAAUGCCUCGGCCACAGGGGCCGGAAGCCCAGCCCGGCUCAGCAGUCCCACUUUCCAGGCCACCAACUCCUGCUCCCUUGUGCUGUAUUGCCACCUCCACGGCUCUACCACCAGCAGCCUCAGCAUCUCCUAUGUGGCCAACUACACCAAGCACCUGGUGAGGGAGAGGACAGGGGACCUGGGCAGCUGCUGGGUCCGGGAGAGAGUGGACUUCAAAGUGACGGAGAGCUUCAAGGUGCUGAUCGAGGGGGUGGCCGGCGACGUGGGGACCGUGGCCAUCGAUGACCUGAUCCUGUCUCCAGGCUGCGUGCAGGAGCAGGAGAAGCCUUCGACCGCACUGCCAAGCCCGGUGGGUGCCAGACCCUGCGGUGCCGAGCAGGUGGCCUGCGACAGCAGGGAGUGCAUCAGCGCGGGGCUGGUCUGCAACUUUGUCGAGAAUUGUGACGAUGGCUCGGACGAGAAGCGCUGCGGAGCCACCACCCUCGAGGCAGGGGCUGGGGGCUGGCACGACGUCAGCGUGGGGCGGCUGCGCUGGGGCGUGCAGCGUGCCGCAGAUCCUGCCGACACCUUCCUCACAGGUGCAGGAGCUUUCCUGGCCCUCCAGGCAGGAGAAGGACAAAUGGUGGCCACUGCGAAAGCACGCACGCCUCUGCUGGGCCCCUCCGGCCCCACCUGUGCCAUGGAGAUGAGCUACCACAUCCACAGCGGCCCUCAAGGCUUCCUUGCCGUCAGCAUCGUGAAUCACACCACCGGCACCACCCACCUGGCCUGGCACAUGCCAGGGCACGGCAGCGCAGCCAGAGGACGCGUCCACAUCCCACUGGGGGAGAGGAGAUGGCGCUUCCAGGUUGAGCUGCUGGGUCUGGUGGAUCUGCAGGACUUGGAGACCGCCGCUGUUGACAACGUGACAUUCGUGCAGUGCCACCCCAAUAUGGUGCCACCAGGGGCUGCGGAGCUGUCCUGCAACUUCGAGAGGGAUAUGUGCAGCUGGUACCAGGAUCAGUCCAGCGACUUCAGAUGGGUCCGCGGCACGGGGCAAGGGCAGGGCUCCGACCACACCACUGGCUCAGGCUACUUCUUGGCUGUGGACCCCUCUGCGCCAUGGAGCCGUGGGCAGCGGGCACAGCUCAUCACCUACCGCCAGGAGCCCACCACCGCCCCACGCUGCCUCUCCUUCUGGUACCGCCUGGCUGGCCCGCAGAUCGGCACCCUGAACCUCAAGCUGCGGCUGGAGGGAGAGGAGAUGGUGCUGUGGACCCGACGGGGGACCCAAGGCAGCAUCUGGCACCGGGGACAGGCGACGCUGCCUGCCACAGGCCAGCGGCAGUACUGGGUGGCCUUUGAGGCCCUGCGGGAUGGGUUCCUGCGACCACACCACUGGCACUGCCACAGGGCCGAGUGGGGUCACAGCACAGGGGCUUCUCUUCCCCCAGGCCAUUACAUGGUGGUGAGCACGGGCAGGGGCUCCCUGCCUGCGGGGCGGGCAGCUGCCCUCACCUCCCAGCCCUACCUGCCCUCCGCACCUGCCCAGUGCCUGGCCUUCUGGUACCAGCUGAGCACCAGGACCCCAGGCUCCCUCGGCGUCUUUGUGGAGCAGAGCGGGGUGCGGAGGAAGGUGAUGAGCGUAAGCGCCAUGGAGGGGGACGCCUGGCACCGCAGCCACAUCACUGUCUGGGCGGAGGGGGCCUGGCAGGCAAUAUUUGAGGCAGUGGGAGCUGGGGGCGACCAAGGGUACAUCGCGCUGGACGACCUGCACGUGUCGGACGGAGCCUGCCCCGAGCCAGCAUCCUGUGACUUCGAGCGGGACAUGUGCGGCUGGAGCAGCCCCUCGGACCCCCAAGAGCAGGAUCACACCCUGGGCACAAGGAAUGGUCGCUAUGUGCACUUCGACACCAGCAUGCUGGGCCUGGGGGGCACCACUGCCCGGCUGGAGAGCCAGCACCUGCCUGCUGCUGCCGACUCCUGCCUGCAGUUCUGGUACCACAUGGACAUCCCAGAACACCUCUCCAGUGGGGAGCUGCGGGUGAUGCUGCAGAGUGCAUCAGGGCAGCGCAUGGUGUGGAGCAUGGCGGGGCACCGAAGCCGGGGCUGGAGGGGUGGCAUGGUGCCUGUGCAGAGCUCCAGCGAGUUCCAGAUCAUCUUUGAGGUUACCACGCAGUGGUGGCCAAUGGAGGGGACGGUGGCACUGGAUGACAUAGUGUACAGCGCCAGGGAGGGCUGCCAUUCCAGCCUGGAGGUGCCAGUGGAAGAGAAAUCCUCUGGCCGCUUUGUGGCAGAGAUAGUGCUCAGUCUUCUCCUGGCCCUCAUCGUCCUGGCGCUGGUGGCUGCUGGGGGCUGCUACUGGCUGAAGCAGCGAGGGCGGGUGAGCAGGACAGCGGCAGAGAGCAGGACUCCCCAGGGCUUCGACAACAUCACUUUUCGAGACGACAAAGUCAUUAUAUCACCAGUGCCAGCAGAGGGGGAUGAGGCUUGA